AUGAGUAUUGUUAGUCCUAAUUUUAAGAAUAUAAGUAGAUAUACAGCUGCUAGGGAUGUCCUAAUGUAUUAUGCAAAAGAGAGAGAUCAUGUUAAAGAAGAGUUGGCUAGAGCGCCUGGUUUAAUUUGUCUAACCUCUGAUAAUUGGAACUCGGAGCAUACUAAUGAUGAAUAUAUUUGCAUUACUGCUCAUUGGGUUGACGAAAAUUGGAAGCUACAAAAGAGAAUCAUAAGGUUUAGAGCUUUAUUUCCUCCGUAUGAUGGUUUGAACAUAGCGGAUGAACUUGUUUUAUGUUUAUCUCAAUGGGUUAAAGCUGGUUUGGAACUUGCUGAUGAUGUUGUUGCUAAGAUUCGAAAUGGAAUUAAGUACAUAAAAAAGUCGGGAACUUGUAGGAAAAGAUUUUAUGAUGUGGCCGACAAAAGUUUUCAUUUGAAUGUGACCAAAAAGUUGCGUCAAGAUGUCUGUGUGAGAUGGAAUUCUACUUAUUUGAUGCUUGAAUCUUCUCUUUACUAUAAAGAUGUGCUAGAUUAUUGGGGCCAACGGGAUAAAGAUUAUCAAUUAUUUGCACUUUCUAACGAGGAGUGGGGAAAUGUUGCUAUUCUUUGCAAAUUUUUGAAAGUCUUUUAUGAUGUGACUUGUGUUUUUUCUGGUUCUAAUUAUCCAACGGCUAAUCUUUAUUUUAGAGGUGUUUGGAAGGUUCACAAGGUCUUGCUUGAUACAGUUAAAGGUCCUUAUUCAUUUUUAACUCCAAUGGUUAAGCAAAUGCAAGAGAAAUUUAAUAAAUAUUGGGCUGAGUAUUCAUUGAUAUUGUCAUGUGCGGCAAUUUUAGAUCCUCGUUACAAGUUGAAUUAUGUGCAGUAUUGCUUUACUACAAUAUAUGGUAUUCAUGCUUCAGAUUUUGUUGAAACCAUUCUUAGCAAUCUUAGACUCUUGUUUGACGAGUAUGUUAAGAAAUCCAAAUCCACAUCUUCCUCUUUGGCUGGGAGUUCUAAUGUUUCGGAUAAAAAUCCUGUUGAUUCUAGUUUGGGUGAACACAAUGUUAAUAAUGUUGAUUUUGGAGGAGAUUUUGAUGAGAGUGAUGAUUAUAAACGAUAUUUAAAUGAAUCUAGCACUAGGAGUGAAAAGUCACAGUUGGACAUUUAUUUGGAAGAACCGGAGCUUGAGUUGAAUAGUCAAAUAGAUGUUUUGGAUUAUUGGAGUAAAAGUUCAGUUCGGUAUAAUGAGCUUUCAUUAUUGGCUCGUGAUCUUUUGGCAAUUCCAAUAUCAACUGUAGCUUCCGAAUCGGCUUUUAGUAUGGAAAUUGGUUGCAAGAACGAUGAGGAUGAUGAGGACGACGAGGACGAUGAGGACGAUGUUUUUGGUGUUGUUGGUGAUGCUGUUUUUUGUGCUGUUUUGUUGCUGUUUGGGUGCUGUUUUGGUGCUGUUUUGAUGGUAUUUUUUUGCUGUUUUGAUGGUAUUUUGGUGUUGUUUUGA